CAGUUGCAGCUGGUUGGCCAACCGGCGGCGCUACCGUGCUGCUUAACAGUACCCUAACCAACAGGAGAAGAAGAAGAUAAACGCGAGCAGUUGAAGAACACAAAUAACUAACAGAAGGAGAAGACACAAUACUAGCGGUAGAAGAAGGUGAAAAACAACCAGGCGUAGAAAAGAGGACACAUAACUAGCAGUAGUAGAAGAAGUAGAAGAACCAACACGCCCAGAGAUCUUAAGCCGCUGGAUGUUUGCAUCUCAGUGGGAGCUAGACAACAACAACACAACCCAUGACCUGUUUGACGUCUUGUGACCUCCUUCCGAGACACACAAAGUGAAGCCAGGCACACAGCGUGGAGGGGGACACACUACGUGAAGUGAGACACAAAACGUAGACAAGACUUGUUGACGUGGGAGAACCUCCCGCUGAUAGACAGUCCGACCUUCAAAACCCCUCUCCUGCUGUACAUUUGGGUGAUGGGAAACCUUGGCAGCCGGUUCCAGUCGUCCCCUCCCGGAGCAGAGGGGUUGGUGGAGGGUGUCAGCAGCAGCAGGAAGCUCACCUGUGUGUGUCACAAGAGGAAACGAAACGCCUACUGUGACUGCUGUGACAGUGAACAGGACGAUGAGGAUGCCUUGUUAGAUAUACCCCGGAGGAAGAAACUGAAGAGCACAUCCAAAUACAUCUACCAGACCUUGUUUCUGAACGGGGAGAAUAGUGACAUACGCAUAUGUGCUCUUGGACAGGCAUGGAACCUCCACAAAGUAUACCUGUGUCAGUCGGGGUAUUUCUCCAGCAUGUUCAGUGGCUCCUGGAGGGAGUCCAAUAUGAUGGUGAUAGAGCUGGAGAUCCCUGACCAGAACAUCGACACAGAAGCUCUGCAGGUGGUGUUUGGCUCCUUGUAUCGUGACGAUGUGCUGAUAAAGCCCAGCAGAGUGGUCAGCAUCCUGGCUGCUGCUUGCAUGCUCCAACUGGACGGCCUGAUCCAGCAGUGUGGAGAGACCAUGAAGGAGAACAUCAGUGUGAAGACGGUGUGUGGCUACUACGCAUCGGCUAGCAUCUACGGCCUGGAUUCAGUCAUUAAGAAGUGUCAUGAGUGGCUACUCAACAAUCUGAUGACCCACCAGAAUGUGGACUUGAUGAAAGAGCUUGGGGUGGAGAUGAUGGAGCAGCUCAUCCGGUCGUCAGACUUGUCCGUCAUGCAGGUGGAGAUGGAUGUUUACACGGCUCUUAAGAAGUGGAUGUUUCUGCAGCUGAACCCAUCCUGGGAAGGCCCCAUCAAGCAGCUGCUGGCUGACGCUGACGCCUGGCUGUGCAAACGCAGAACAGACCUGUGUGAGCGAGAGCCGUUCCUGGACACGGAGGAUGGGGCCGCCUUCCCCUCCGUCUUCAAACACAUCCGCCUGCAGUACAUCAUCAACGACCUGGCGUCCGCACGCAUCCUGGAGCGAGACAACAUACUACCUGCCGACUGGCUGUCCUCCAUGUAUAAGAACCAGUGGUUUGCGAUGCUCCGCACAGAGUUCGACAACGACAACGGUCCACAAGACGCCAACAAAGAGGACUUUGAGAUGAGCAGUAUGAGGUGUGGGCGGAAACUUGCAAAGGAUGGAGAUUACUGCUGGCGGUGGACGGGCUUCAACUUUGGUUUUGACCUCCUGGUGACCUACACCAACCGGUUCAUCGUGUUCAAGAGGAACACCCUGAGUCAGCCAUGUGGGGGCGCCGUCAGCCUGCAACCUCGCAGACAUCUGGCCUACAGGUUACGACUGGCCUCCUUUGACAGCAACGGAAAGCUGGUGUGCAGUCGGUCAACAGGUCACCAGCUCCUUACUCUAGAGAAAGACCAGGAGUACGUGGUGAUGAACCUGGACAGCCGGCUGCUGUCCUUCCCGCUGUACGUGUGCUGUAACUUCCUGUACACCUCGUCCCAGUCGGACCAUCGGACGGACGCGUCCACGGAGCCGGAGGGCAGCACGCGCAGCGUAUGUUGACCCCAGCGACCGCCCCCAACCCCCUGGGCAACACCAGCAACCCACCAGUCCCCGGGGAAGCCUCCAACUUUUGUUAAUCUCUUGUUACCCCCCCAUUGGCCCUCAAUCCGCCCACUCAUCGGACCACCCUGUCUUUCUGGACAAUCUCUGAGCGUUGACGUUCCCCGACGCCGGGGGACUGAGCGGUCGGGGCGUUCUCGUCAUCAUUCAGAUGUCUACGUGCAAUCCAGGUGGUGUUUACAACAGUUUUUACUUUGAUCCAAGACGCCUUUCUUGUAUUGUCCUUGUUUUUUUAAAUUAUAUUUAUACUAUUUGUUUUUAUGUUUUGCUUUUAUUUAAUUUUUCUACAGAUAAGAUAUACAUCUGCCAUUAUCGGCUCUGCCAACUGAGCUGUGGUGCUUUUAAUAUAUCCUUUUCCAGCAUAUCCCAUUAAUUUCCUGCUUUUGUUUAUCUGUUCUUAUUCCUUAUUUUUCCCUCCCUUAUCAGACAUAGUAUUACCAUUUUGUUUUUUAUUUUCUUCAUCCCCUAUUGGACAUCAUAUCUACUGACGUGGGCCUUCCAUAUAUACGCUGUAUAUAACAUCAUUGAUACAACGCUGCUUCAAGAUCCAACAUCUACCCAAUUAUUCAGUUUCAUAAUCUAUGGUUUGAGACAUGACCACACGGGGCAGAGCUCUCUCUGAGGCCUUCAACACUGGACCUGCAAAUAAAGCAUUGAGAGCCAAUCGAUGACGGCCUGGUUCAUGUUUUCUGAACCUCUGAUCAAAGUUUUGAGGGUUUGAAGCGUUGAGGGCAAUGGCAGAUGCAGCUUAUUUAUAUUUUUUUGAGGGGGUGGUAAGGGUGCGAUUUUCACUAUUGUCUUCCACGUUUUGUUUCAAAGCAUGUGUACCCAUUGGGGUGGUUACGUAUCGGGUGAAUUCUCCUGGUGGUCAGCGGUGGGGGACUCUUAUUUUGAAGCACAUUGUUUUGUACACAUGUUUUUUGUAUUACUUUAUUUAAGUUGCUCUGUCACCGAUGUCUGACCACUUUACGAAGAGAUGUUCCAGUCGUUUUCAAAAAGAUUUACAUUUACAUUUUCAAGGUCCUGAGAGACUGUUUAUCAUUGUGUGAUAUCUAUUGUCUUUCCCUGUUAAUAAAUUCAUGAUCGUUCAUGCACUAUAUACUAAUACGUCUACGGGACCUCGUAGUUUGUCACCAGGCUUCACGUUACUUACUUCACACUAGAACUUGCAUUUGGUGUUCUUGUUGGGUUGUUCUGACACAUGCUCUGCUACAUGAAGUAGGGUUUCAUGCUGACAAUAGGAACAAGAUUAGGCCACUGAUUGUGUUCCUGUGCAUUCGUUCACCAGUUACUCUGGGGAACUGUUAAUAUUACUGCUUACUAAGUUUCUUAUUACAUUAGUAUGUUUUUGUACCUUUUGAUAUUGACAAUGAACAUAUACCGUCAUAUAAGCUUAUUAAACUGAUUGUUUCAUCCAGAGCUCAA